AUGCAACGCAAUCCUAACCUUUACUCAGGAGUAAAAACCAGAAAGUCGGCUCCAUUGAUUCCCUAUCCCCUUUCUACCACUCCCAAUGCUCCUCAACUACCCGUGCACAAUCAACACGUCCCGCAUUUGCGAAGAGAUCAACCUAUGCCUCCUACGAUAGGAUUCAGGUGGGACAUAAUAAAUGGUCCAAAUACUACCCCACCCUAUCCUGUAAUGGACAAUGUUGGAAUGAGAACUAACACUGCCGACUAUUCAUUCAAGCCAGUUAACGAGGGCUCAGCGGAGAUACGCAACUCGUAUAAACCAGACAACACAUCAUCGAAUAUCAACGAUAUUGACAGUUCGGUGUCACACACGACUCCUUCUUCACCCAAUGUCAAAUUAGCUGCUGACUCCCAGGAUCGAGAUAUAUUCACAUGUGAACAAAUCAAGGUAAAUGAAGCCAGACCGCAGCCUCCAUUGAGGGGAAAUAAAAUGCAUUUCGCUCGACGUGGUCACCCCUACCCUGUUGAAGCCUAUGCCAAAAUGAAAGUCCUACCAUGUGACCACUUGGGUGGGGAUGAUUGUACUAAACAUUAG